AUGUUUGAUAAAUUUUGCAUUAGACAUUAAGAUUAAAUUCUUACUCAUUUUUGUUCCAAUCAAUUGUGUCCUCAAUUUCUUACAUUUUAUUGUACUUAAUGUGAGAUCAAACAAUGUAAUAAAAAUUAUCAUUUGCAAUAAUUUGAGAAUUUAAGCUAUUUCAUCAAUAAAUUAGUUUUACCUAAUUUCGGUAUUUAUUAUGGGAUCAAUCAUAGACACAAAAUAAAUAGAGUAUUGUAAACAAUAAAUGAACAAAAUAAUUAGUAAUUUCAAUACAAUAUAGGAUAAGAUCAUAAAUGAUUAUGAUAAAGCCAUCGAGAAAAUAUUAGAAUAGUAUAAUAUUAUUUUAAUUAAGCAUUUAGAAUAGAAGUAGUUCAUUUAAGACUGAAAUUAUAAGUUAAAUAGAUUUCUAAAAAUAAUUUAUGAUUGAUAAAUUAGUAGAAUUCUAAAACACAAUGGAUAAACAUUAUAAUACAUACAAAUAAUCAUAUGAAUAGAUUAAAUCAAUUAUAAAUGUUUAAGAAAGUAAUGUUCAUAUAGAAGAACAUUAUAAAUAGAUUGAUAUGAAUUCAUUAUAAGAAUAUUAUAAUGUAUUAUUAAGAAUGCAACCUGAAUUAGAAGUUUUGGCAACAGAAAAUAGUUUAUAAAUUACAAAAGAAUAAUAAAUUAUUGAAUCAUUUAAUCAUAAUAUUUACAAAGAAUUUUAAGAUAAAAUCAUAGAAUAUUCAGAAAAUAUAUUAACAUUGCUUUGGAGUAAAUAUUAUUCAAUGACAUCUAAUAUCCAUUUGUAUGAUAAUAAAAGUAUACAUAAUAUAUAUUAUUAUUAUUAGCUUAAAGUAUUGCUUAAUCUGAAAUGAUUGAAAAUAUUAGAAUUAGUAGAUCUUCAUCAUCUAAUUCUUAUUCAGUCUUUAAUGAAAUCGAUAAUAUUAUUGCAAUGGGUCAACAAUUCAAUAAUACCAACACUUCUAUCAAGUUGAAAAGUCAAACAUAUGGUUAUACUAAAUUUAAUUUGAUGACUUAAGGAUAACUUAAUAUUAAACAAAAUCAUAUGGAUAAUUAUUAAUAAUUACCUAUCAUUACUCCUUAUUGUAUUUUAGUAAUUAAGAACUAAAAUGUCAUUUUAACUGCAGGAGAUAAUAAUAUAAUUUAUGUAUGGAUUCAUAAGAAAGAAUCUAAUUUAUGGAAAUUAGAAUCAUAAUUAGUAUUAUAGAGUAAAGAAUAACAAUAUAUUUAAUGUAUGGAAUUACUCUAUAAUCCAUUUAUUAGUGAAUCACGAAAUAGUAAAUAAAGUUUUGCAAAUCUAAAAGUUCUAUUAAAUCCAAUUAUUGCAAUUUGUGGUUAAAAUAAUAUUUAUAUUGUUCAAUUCGAUAUUAUGACUAAUUAAAUUACUAUUUAAUGUUAAUACUCAAUUAAAGAUUAAAAAGAAUAAGAAAUACAUACUAUUUAAUAAUGUUAAACUAUGGGUAGUUAUAAUUAUUUUAUUGUUGGUAUGGAAAAAGGAACUAUGAUAUUAUUUAAUUAUAUUAUUAGUAUUGACAACACAUUUACAAUCAAAAUAGAUUAAAUGAUCAAAUAACAUAAAGAUUGCAUUACUAGUAUUGACAUAAUAGGUGAUCAAUUAAUUGCUGUAGCAAGUAAUGAUAGAUCUGUUACUAUUUGGUAAUAUUUUAAUAAUAAGCUUAAAUUAUUACCAAUUAAAAUGAACAGAUUCUGGGAAGAUAUUCCAUGUAUAAGAUAAGUUUAUACUAAUUCAUUUAUCACCUUUGAUUCAAAUUACAAUAUUACAUAAUGGUAUCUAGAAAAUCUAAAUAAAAUUGUUAUUAUUAACAGUCUCUAGUCUAGUAAAUUGAAAUAAGAAGUAUAAGAGGCAGUUAUAAUAAAUAAUCCAGAUAAUGCUUAAGAUUUUUGUAUCUUAUUACUCAUUAGAGAAUAGACAAAUACCAACAAAAUUGUUAUUUUAGAUAGAUAUUUCUCAAUUGUAUCAUAGGAAUCUUUACCUCAAUAAUUUCAAAGUUAUUUGUGUAUCCCAAAGAAAAAACAUAACCAUUAUAUUACCAAUUAUAAAAUGAGGAUUAUUAAUGAUUUUAUUCCUAAUAAAGCAUUCAGUUCCUUUGUAGAUGUUAAAUAGAAUGAGAAAUAGCCAAAUUAAUAAUAAUAAUAAUCUUUUUCUUAAUAAUAAUAAUAGAAUUAGAAUAAGAAGGUUAAUCUCGCUAUUAUAAACAAUAAUAAGACAAAUUAACAUUUUAUUGAAAUUUCUUUCAUAAUAGGAACUGAUUGA